UUUUGACUGUGUCUAUAGGACUGACUGCUGAUGCUCGAGUAGUGAUAAACAGAGCCCGAGUGGAGUGCCAGAGCCAUAAGCUUACCGUCGAGGACCCAGUCACUGUAGAAUAUAUAACUCGCUUCAUAGCAACACUAAAGCAGAAAUAUACCCAAAGCAAUGGACGAAGACCUUUUGGUAUUUCUGCCUUAAUUGUAGGUUUCGAUGAUGAUGGUAUCCCAAGAUUGUAUCAGACAGAUCCUUCUGGUACUUAUCAUGCUUGGAAAGCAAAUGCAAUAGGCCGAAGUGCUAAAACUGUUCGAGAAUUUCUGGAAAAGAAUUACACAGAAGAUGCUAUAACAAAUGACAAUGAAGCCAUAAAACUAGCAAUAAGAGCUCUGCUAGAAGUUGUCCAGUCUGGUGGAAAAAACAUUGAACUGGCUAUAAUAAGAAGAAACCAACCUUUGAAGAUGUUUAGUGCCAAAGAAAUUGAAUUACAAGUAAAUGAAAUAGAAAAGGAAAAGGAAGAAGCAGAGAAGAAAAAAUCAAAGAAAACCACCUAAUUUUUACGAUGAGCACUGGAAGCUUUUAAUGUUUUGUUGUAUUGUUUGGAAUUAGUGAAGUUUAGAGAAAAUAAGUUAGUUUGCACAUUACAUUUAGAUCUUACCUGUGCAGCAGUUGAGAAUGUAAGUCAGUUGCAUAAUCUAACAUAGGUUAAUGUAAAGAUUUGCUUUGAAAGCAUAUUCCUUAAC